AUUACGAGAGGGUCAAAUUACUCCGCAUGUCUCAACUGUUCCCACUUUCUGCUAUGAUGCUGCACGCUUGCAGAAUAAUUAAGACUGAAUUCUGUUUCACACCGACUGAGAAUGUUUGUAAACAACUGAACCCGGGUCAUUGCACGAGCUCCCUUCUGAAAGUCUACAGUCUGAAGGCUCACCCUCUCACCUAGAACAACCAUCUGAACAGCAGCAACAAGACAUCGCCAAGAUGUUCAGCACCAAAAGACUGAAGAAGAAAUCCCAGUCAGUGGAUAUUGCCACUCAAGGAUUCUCCCCUACCCUGGUGCCAGCCUCACCGAUUAACAAGACUGAACCACCUGUUACCAAGACAACCACGUUGGGGGUGCAGCAAAACAAUGCAACCAAUUCCCAGAGAAUCUGCAGUCCACGGUGCAGUGAGCUGAAACGCGGCUACACCAUCGAUACCAGCCAGAAGAAGACUCAAGAGAAGAAGGAUGGCAGCAGACGCAUGUCGUUCCAGAGACCCAAAGGAACCAUUGAGUAUGCUGUGGAGACGCGGGACACACUGAACAACAUAGCGCUCAAGUUUGACACCACACCCAACGAGCUGGUUCAGCUCAACAAGCUGUUCUCCAGAGCCGUCUGUCCUGGCCAGGUUCUGUAUGUUCCUGAUCCUGAGCACAUAUCCAGUGUGGGGAGCUCCCCUUCCCUUAGCCCCAUCAGCCCUCUGUCUCCCACCUCCUCAGAAGCUGACUUAGAGAAGGUGACGGAAUCCGAUGGCGCUCCCAGGCCAGAGGCUCACCAUCAUCACCAUGCUCCGGUGUUCUCAGCACUCCGCCAGGCUCGUGUAGUGUCGUCCACCUCCGAGGAGGAAGAGGCCCUGACAGAGAAGUUCCUCAAAAUCAACUGCAAGUACAUCACAGAUGGCAAGGGUGCGGUGAGCGGGGUGUUGCUGGUGACGCCCAACAACAUCAUGUUUGACCCCCACAGGAUGGACCCUCUGGUGCAGGAGCACGGCUGUGAGGAGUACGGCUACAUGUGUCCCCUGGAGGAGGUCAUGUCUGCAGCCAUCUACAAGGAGAUCACUGACAGCAAGAUCAGAGAGGCCGUGCCCGCGCAUCUGGAGCCUUUGACGUCAGAGCGCGGGCCCUCCACCUCCUCUCAGCCGGACCCGGAGCAGCGUCUGAGAGUCCCGAGCAACGACAGCGGCAGUGCGGCUUCCCGCAGUACAGAGGGUUCCUUCUCCGAGGACGUCUUUGCAGAGUCAGAGCUGUCCCCCAUUCGGGAGGAGGCCACUUCCUCCGAAGACCUCCGGCUGGACAAGUCCUCCUCAGCCACAGCCUCCACAGAGUCCAUCCAAACUGUCACCCAUGUGGAGGCCUUCAUCCCUCCAGGGGAAGCCCCAGGGGCCGCAAGCAGCGCCUGCAAGUCAGUCAGCCAGCCGCCAGGGGAGGGCCAGGAGAAACAACCCACCACAGCAGAGGACAAUCCAGACAGCCACACGGCCCAGAGCCAGUCUCCCAUGGGCUCCAAGCAGCACAGUGUGGAUGUGGAGAAGGCAGCACCAAGCACACCCACCACCAGCCAGGGACCAGGCCAAGGACCCUCCUCACGCCCUGCCUCCCAGAGAUCUACCACCGGGCCUGGGGAGCCCUCCGGCCAGGAGGGGGGUCCAGGGGACAGGCCCAAGCUGAGCAGAGAAGGGUCCCAGGACUCUGAGACGGACGUGGAGGAACUGAGGAAGAUGUGGAAGAAUCACACUAUGCAACAAGCCACAGAGCAAAUGGAGAAUGUAACACAAAAGGAAGAGGGACAGGACUCUGCAGAAGUGUCCAUGGAGCGGCGGAGGCACCGGUCCCACAAGUUCCUGUGUCUGCGGGUGGGCCAGCCCAUGAAGAAGACAUUUGUGUCCAACGCCAGCGCCUCCAUGCAGCAGUACGCCCAGAGGGACAGGAAACACGAGUACUGGUUCGCUGUGCCACAGGAGAGGUCCGAGCACCUGUAUGUGUUCUUCAUCCAGUGGACCCCAGACAUGUAUGGGGAGGGGGUUAAGGGCAUCGGCCACGAGCCAGGGUUCAUGGUGGUCAAGAAGCCUUCGGGGUCCGAGACAGGAGAAGACGAACCCCUCACGGAUAUAAACAACAAAGAGUGGGAGGUAGUGUCACUGACUGAGUACCACCGCCGGAUCGAUGCGCUAAACAGUGAAGAUCUGAAAUCUCUCUGCAAGCGGCUUCAGAUCACCACCAAGGAGGAGGUGAACUCUAAGCAUGCCACCUCUAUCAAGACGGAGCUGGAGCCUGAGACCUUCAGACCCAACCUCAGUGAACCUAGCGAGCUGCUGGAGGCACAGCAGAUAGAGAAGCUGGCCAAGAACCUCCCUCCCCGUACCAUUGGGUACCCCUGGACCUUGGCCUAUGGCACCACCAAGCAUGGCAUGAGCAUCAAGAGCCUGUACCGGGCCAUGCAGGGGCAGGACACCCCCGUGCUGUUGGUCAUCAGGGACAGUGAUGGUGGGGUGUUUGGUGCGUUGGCGUCCGAACCCUUCAAAAUCAGCGAGGGAUUCUAUGGCACGGGAGAGACCUUCCUCUUCACCUUCUGUCCAGAGUUUGAGGUGUACAAAUGGACAGGUGAUAACAUGUUCUUCAUGAAAGGAGAUAUGGACUCCUUAGCUUUUGGUGGUGGAAGUGGUGAGUUUGGCCUGUGGUUGGAUGGAGACCUGUACCACGGCAGGAGUCACUCCUGUAAAACCUUUGGCAACCCCAUGCUCUCCAAGAAGGAGGAUUUCUAUAUACAGGACAUUGAGAUCUGGGCUUUUGAAUAACAAAACCCACCACGGGGAAAAAAGAGAAGGACUAAACAUCCCUACAAUGGCAAUGUUGUCUCAAACCUAACUGCACAUCACCACCCUGCUCCAACCCACUGUCUGGGGCUCCCGGGACGGAGCCAGCUAAAGGAUGUGUGUUGUGCGUUCAUACGUUACUACUGCAGUUAUAACAGAGCUUUUCUUUGUGAAUGACCUUGUGUGUAUCUUGUUACAGCUGUGUGCAGCGUCUUUGAGGAGGUGUACUGUCCUGUGCUGUACUGUGAGGCAUCAGAGGAUGUGUGGGUUUGUUAGAGACCGUAGGGAUGCCUUGUUGCAGAACCAAGGCGGAGCAAUCAGAUCGCUCUCUCUGACCUCAGCAGGAGAUGAUGUCGGCUCAGGUUUGGGAUUGAGAGAGCGAGAGAGAAACUGCCGUAGUCCAGAUUAUCUGAAUUUUGAGACACUCAAGGAACCCCGCCCCUCAGAACUUGGUUGAAGUCAGUCAGUAGGAUGUUACUCUAUGUGGUGUUACAGGCCUUUAGUGGAGAGAUCCAGUAAUAAAAUAAACAACAUGCAUUCCUUUGUUCUCAGAGGAGACUGUUGAACAUUAGUUCUGUUUGGUGUUCAAAAACUGAAGGAAGAAUCUCAGCAGGAUGUGAGGAUGAUGAGCACACUAUUAUGAGGGGAGGAAAGUAUUUUACAUCUUUGGUUUACUUCUGAGGCAAGAACUACAUAUAGAGUGUUGUGUAUUGUAGCCCUAUUGUUCACCAUCAUAGCAAACACCAUCACAGCACAUAGCUAGAAUCAGAAUAUUACCCAUCGUCGUGCUAAUAAUGUUCUGUUCAGUGGGUGUACUACGUGUGAGUUCAGAUACCACCGGCGCCCCUCAGGAGUCGUGUGUACUGUUCGUAGACAGUAAUGUGUUGCAAUAGAUUUGUGGAAUAUGCAAAUUACUGUCAUGUGACCUCAAAUAAUCCAGGUUGGCGCUUUUCCUCGCCUGUCUGUGGCUCUUUAUCAGAGAGGACUUGUAAAGCUUUAUGUCUUGAUCCACAAUUGCUUUUCUGGGUAUAAUUUGAAAAGCCUGAGACGUGGUUAACUGUUUUACAUGCAUAUGACAAUUGUAUAUUAUUUAUAUAUAUAUAUGAUUAUAUAUAUUAUAAUUAAUUAUAUAUGUUUCUGUUGUGUGACAGUGAUCUUUUUGUGCUGAUAUUUCAGCUGUUACAAAUAUAAUGUAUAUUACCCUGUAAAUUCAUGUUAAAAUAGUAGAUUUGUUCCUAUAUAGAAAUACAUAUAUGAUUGGUGGGUUGCUUUUAGCACUUGAAUCCGGUCUAAAAGCAUUAUAAACCAGGUUCUUAGACUUCUAGUAGCAGUAGCUGUACAGUACUUUUUGUUUAGAAUCAUACACAUGUUAACUGUUAGUAGAAAGCUUGCUGCUAUAAUACUAAGGGUAAAGCUAAACUAAUGCUCUGUGUAACUGAAGGGGAGUGUUGUUGUCCGGGAGUGAGGAGGCUGAAUGUCAAAGAAGAAUUUAACUUUCAUCACAAGUUCUGUUGAGUGGUGAGUCUUCAUUAGUUGGUAGACUGACUGUUAAGACUGUGAACUAAGAGAAAAUAUGUACAUUUAAACUUCACAGCAGCUUUCCUUCCCCUUUCUGGUCUUCCACACCAGUAUUUGUAUCUAUGAAGUCACAAAGAAUAACAUGGAUAAGUCCUCCUAAUUAUUUUACAGGAAUACAAUGUAUUAUUGAUGUAUAAAUAACAAUAAAAUUGUUGUAACCUGG